CUAAGCUAAGAAUAAACUAAAAAAAAUAUUUAUUAAAAAAAUAAACAAAAAUUAAAUGAAAAAAGAAAAAAAUCUCCACAGCCCCACGACUCGGACUCGAACUCGGCUCUCUCAAUUGGCAGUCUAGUGCUUUGCACACUCGGCCAUUGCGCCUGAUGGGGUAGCGUGAGCAAAAUUACAUACAUAAGGGUGUGUUCAGUAAUGCAGUAUAAUGCGCAUACUGCUUUUGCAGGACCAGCAGAACGUUCAGAAAUGCUAAUAUGGCAGCACUGCAAAUGUCGAGCGUUCUAAAACGCCAUUUUUCUAUCAAGCGUCGCUCAUCAUUUGCAUAAAAAAAAAUUACACUGCCGCUGAUUACGCUUGUACCAUGUCGGAAGAAAACGAAAAUCUUAGUACGGCUGAAGUUAAGUUGCUGCUUAGAGUUCGAUUAAAUAUGGAAGACGAAUUUGCAUCUGGAAGGAGAAAAAAGAGCGUUCUAUGGAAUAAGGUGGUGGAAGAAGUAAAAAAAAUCAACAGAGACAUUAACAUAGACAGACACAUUGCACAAAGAAAAUUUUUAAAUAUGCUGGUAUCGUAUAAACGUAUAAAAAGCGCAAUAAUUCCUCCGGUAGGGAAGCAACAUCUUGGCUAUAUUUUGAAGAUUUUGACGAGCUGUAUGGUACCAGGCACUCCAUCAAUCCUCCGCCACAAAAUCUGCAAGCGUCGUUGGAGCUACCAUCGUCGCCGCCAUUAGAAGAAGGUAAUGUUGAGCCACCCAAUUCUCCACCGACUUCAAGUCGUAGAGCACCACAUCCUCGGAGAAACCCAAACAGCGAAAUAUUAAAGUUUUUUGAAGAAGAAGCUAUUAAAGAGCAAACCCGACAUGACGAAGCAAUGGCUGUGGAGAGGGAGAAACUUUCACUGGAGAAAGAGCGAAUCCAAGCGUUGCUGGAAUUCAAAUCAAUAUUGAACCGAUGUCUGCAAAAGUAGAUUUUGAAUUUAUUUUUUAUUAGUCAUAAGAUGAAGCUGUGAAAUGUACCUUUUUAACCUUUCUAGAUUGAAAUCUUUUUUUAUUUUUAUUAUUGAAACCAUGUGAUGUUAAUUUAAUAUAUUU